AGAAGAAGCAGGAAGAUGUUUUUCAAAGAAGGACCUAUCUUCAGCCCCCCUCUCAUACCUGGAAAUGACCUUGUUACAGAGAUAUCUCCAUAAAAGGGGGAGGUACCAUGCUCCCUGCCCCCAUUUAACUAAGAAUGAAGCUGAGCAGCCAGAUUCAGCCAGCAGAGCCCUCAGAACACAGUGCUCCAGAGCAUGCCUGAGUCCUUCCCAGGGGACACAGCCUGCCCACCCCUCACUCCCCAGCUCUGCAGCUGCUGAUGACUUCAGAUCCUCAGGGAUGACCUACAACCCCCACAACUCACUCAGGGUUCCUGGGACACCCUCUGCUCAAAGUGACUCAGCCUCUUCUCUGUGGACUUGCUGCCCAGGAGUGGCCUGCAGUGACCCAGAUCCCAGCUACAGAGAGCCUCUGGAGACUCUGGGCUUUGGGAAGUUGGUAGGUAAUCCCCAAGAGCAUCAUCAUGGCCUGCAAGAAGUGGUUCUGGAACUACAAAAUCUUGUUUAUCUCUAUUGUCGGUGUCAUUGUUGUGGCUCUGACAAUCGCCACUGGGGUACUGCUGAGCGCUGGGAUGUCGCUGAGCGCGGAGAACCCAGCAUUCCCUCGAGGCUCUGAGGACAGUAACACCGCCCGCCCGGACACCGACAUGCUGGACUACCUGCUGAGCCAGGGCCAGAUCAGCCAGCGGGAUGGCCUGCAGGUCACCUGGUACCACGCUGCCAACAGCAAAAAGGAGAUGGAGAAUGCCCUGAGUGGCGACACCAUGGUCCUGGAGGCGGAUGUCACUGUAGAAGGGUUCAACACAGUCAACGAGACAGAGACCCCCAUUAUGGCGCACCCCCCAGCCAUCUACAGUGAUAACACCCUGCAGCAGUGGCUGGAGGCUGUGCUCUCUUCUUCCCAGAAAGGCAUCAAGCUGGACUUCAAGAGCCUCAAGGCCGUGGGCCCCUCCUUGGACCUCCUGCAGCAGCUGACAAAAGAUGGGAAAGUCCAGAGGCCUGUGUGGAUCAAUGCCGACAUCCUGAAGGGCCCCAAUGUACCCAUCUCAGUCCACGUUGAUGCCAAACAGUUCCUGGCCCUAGUCCAGGAGAAGUAUCCUGAGGUCACCCUGUCUCCAGGCUGGACCACCCUGUAUGUGUCUCGGAACAGAACAUAUACCCAAGCCAUGGUGAAGAAGAUGCAGGAGCUGGUGGGACCGCUGCCACAGAGGGUCACCUUCCCUGUGCGGGCUGCCAUGGUGCGGAUGGCCUGGCCCCACUUCAGCUGGCUGCUGGGUCAGUCUGAGAGGUACAGCCUGACGCUGUGGCAGGGCUCCAUGGACCCCAUGAGAGUGGACGAUCUCCUCUACAUCCGGGACAACUGUGCCACCCAUCAAGUCUACUAUGACCUCUUUGAGCCUAUCCUAUCACAGUUCAAGAAGCUAGCCAUGAAUACCACACGGAAGCAAAUCUACUACACGGGGGGCAGCCUGAUCCCCCUUCUCCAGCCCCACAGGGGUGACGGUCUGAAUGUGGAGUGGCUGGCUCCAGACAUCCAAGGCAGUGGGAAAACAGCAAAAGUUCAACUCCCAGGCAGAGAAGGCAUGAUCCUGCUGAACGUUGGCCUCCAGGAGUCUGCAGCUGGGGAGCCUGUGCCCAUCAUCUAUGCCCCGGGUGGCCCUGCCCUGACGCUGGAGUCGUGCCUGCUGCAGCUCGACGCUAACCCUGGCCGCUGGGGUGUGCAUUUGCACAUAGCAGAGCCCACCGCGCUCCGGCCAUCCCUGGCCGUGCUGAAUCACCUCUCCACCCUCGGCAGCCUGUCUCGGCCUGUGUGGGUCGGGGCCACAAUCUCCCAUGGGAGUUUUGUGGUCCCUGGCCAUGUGGAAGGCAGGGAGCUGCUUACAGCUGUGACUGAGGUUUUCCCCCAUGUGACACUGGCACCAAGCUGGCCAGAGGAGGUGCUGGGCAGCGGCUACAGCGAACAGCUGCUCACAGACAUGCUGGAGCUGUGCCGGGGCCUCUGGCAGCCUGUGUCCUUCCAGCUGCAGGCUGGGCCACUGGGCCAGAGCAAGGCUGGAGCCAUUGCCAGGCUGCUGGCAGCCUCCCCCCGGGCCACUGUCACAGUGGAGCACAGCCUUGCAAAGGGCAACUAUGGAUCUGUGCAGGCAGCACUGCUGGCAGCCAGAGCUGAGGACAGGACCCGAGUCUACUAUAGGCUGCCCCAGAGGUUCCGUGCGGACUUGCUGGCAGAUCCCAACAGAAACUAACAGCCGGGUGGCUCUGGGUCAGUGGAUCUUGGGUCACGGGUCCCCACGGGGGAGGCAGGGAGGAAUAAACUCCUGCCUGAAUCUACACAC